GGCUGUAUUAAAAGAUUUCGGCGCUGUCCCUGGCCGUCCUUCCCUCCUUCGCUCUCAGUGUCAUCUCCUUUGCUCCCACAGACAACAAACAUGACAACUUACACCGAUAAAGGACAGAAGCCGGAGAGAGGCCGGUUUCUCCACUUCCAUUCCUUGACAUUCUGGGUUGGAAAUGCCAAGCAGGCCGCCUCGUUUUAUUGCAACAAAAUGGGGUUUGAAGAAUUUGCCUAUCGAGGUCUGGAGACAGGGAGCCGGGAGGUAGCAUCCCAUGUGAUCAAGCAAGACAAGAUAAUCUUUGUCUUCUCUUCUGCUCUCAAUCCCGGAAAUCAAGACAUGGGAGAGCAUUUAGUGAAGCAUGGAGAUGGAGUCAAAGACAUUGCCUUUGAAGUAGAGGACUGUGAAUUCAUUGUGCAGAAAGCUAGAGAGCGUGGAGCCAAGAUAGUGAAAGAGCCCUGGAUUGAGGAAGAUAAAUAUGGGAAAGUGAAAUAUGCCAUUGUUCAGACGUAUGGAGACACCACCCACACCCUCAUCGAAAAGCUGGGCUAUAAAGGCUUUUUCCUGCCUGGGUUUGAGCCUCCACUUUUUAAGGAUCCCCUGUUAAAAACACUACCACCAGCAAAGCUGAGUUUCAUUGACCACGUGGUGGGCAACCAACCUGAUCAGGAGAUGGUCUCUGUGGCAGACUGGUACCAGAAAAAUCUCUUGUUCCACCGUUUUUGGUCAGUGGACGAUAAGCAGGUUCACACAGCAUUCAGUGCUCUCCGCUCUAUUGUGGUGGCCAAUUAUGAAGAGACCAUUAAGAUGCCCAUUAAUGAGCCUGCAAUGGGCAAGAAGAAAUCUCAAAUUCAGGAAUAUGUGGACUAUUACGGGGGACCUGGAGUCCAGCACAUUGCACUAAAUACUUCCGACAUAAUUGCUGCGAUUACCAACUUGAAAGCACGGGGCCUUGAGUUCAUGUCGGUUCCAUCCACUUACUACCAGCAACUCCGAGAGAAGCUCAAAUCAGCCAAGAUCAAGGUGAAGGAGAACAUCACUAAACUGGAGGAGCUCAAAAUCUUAGUGGACUUUGACGAGAAGGGAUACCUACUCCAGAUCUUCACCAAGCCUGUUCAGGACAGGCCUACGGUCUUCCUGGAGGUCAUACAGCGCUACAACCACCAGGGAUUUGGUGCUGGGAAUUUCAAGUCUUUGUUUGAAGCAAUUGAAGCAGACCAGGACGCCCGGGGAAACCUCACCAUCCUGACAUCCAGCGGAGACUCCACUGUCAUGUGAUAUCCCACAGAAGAGGGGAUCCUUGGGUCCCACCAGAAGGCAGUAAGCAAGCAGUGGCAAAACUGAUCUCACUCAAGUCUUCUGCAGCAAAAAUCCAGAAGUCAUCUCCCCCCUGGCCUGUUUUUAUCAAAUAAAAAGAUUCAAAGCAAAAA